AUGGUGGAGACCAAGUCUGUUUCCAGCCAUGGGGCCCAGAUGCCUUCCGAGUGCGAGCUACCAAGGGCCAUAGUGAUGCCAUUCGAAGCAUGGGCACUGGAGGAACAACCAAAACAAGUUCUAUCAAAGAUCUCACUCGCUGAAGGCGGUUCAGCCACCAUACGCAAUGUGCAGGUUGAAGCGGCAAUGAGAAAGCGGGAAAAGAUCACCAUCAACAAUGCCGAUGACGUUGUUGCCCCCGGAGAGUAUGCCCGCAACCGUCGCGAGCUGCUUGACGCCAAACGUGGCGUCAUCGAGGUUGAAGUCCUCAAGUUGAAGCCCCCCGCGACGCGCUGA